AUGGCCCAAGUAAUUAAUGAUAGUUUAAUACAAAGAAAAACAAAAUUGACCCAGGAUACAACAUUUAUUGAAGAAACACUUGGGUCUCUUAAUGAUUAUGUCCUUUUAGGACGCAGUGGUUUGAGAGUUUCUCCUUUAUGUCUUGGUACCGAAACAUUUGGUGAACAAUGGGGAAUUGGUACUAAUUAUGAGGGCUCUAAAGAAGUUUUCGACUAUUAUUUUGAAAAUGGCGGUAAUUUUAUUGAUACUUCAAACAAUUAUAACUUUGGUGAGAGUGAACGCUUUCUUGGAAAAUUAAUCGCAGAAAAACGUUCUCAGAUUGUAGUUUCUACUAAGUAUUCUACGAAUGUUACAGCAUCAUUACCAAACACUCGAUUUGUUCCAAAUGCUGGUGGAAAUCAUCGCAAAUCUCUUGUUCAAAAUCUUGAUGAAAGUCUUAAACGAUUAGGUAUUGGCUAUAUUGACGUUUUAUAUCUUCACGCCUAUGGAUUUCGUACUCCGAUUGAAGAAAUAAUGCGUUCUUUGGAUGACUCUGUUAGAACUGAAUUACGUGGUUGGAGUCGAUUUAUUGCAUUACAAACUCGAUAUAAUUUGUUGAAUCGAUCAAUGGAGUUUGAUUUACAACCUGCCUGUGCUGAACUUGAUAUUGGAAUAAGUCCUUGGGGAUGUGUUGCAGAAGGGUUCUUAACUGGAAAAUAUACUAGGAAAUCUAUCAGCAAUAUAAAAAAUAAAAGUGGUCGUUAUCCUUCUAUUUUGCGUUUAGCAAAUGUGAAAAGAAAUUGGGAAAUACUUGAUGAAGUUAUUAAUAUUGCUACUGAAAUUAAAAAAAGUCCAGCACAGAUUGCAUUGAACUGGAUUUUACAAAAACCUGGUGUCACAUCUCCUGUUUUUGGUGCUAGAACAAAAGCUCAAAUUAUUGAAAAUCUCAAGGCCCUUGAUUUCAAAUUAACACCUGAUCAAAUGGCAAGAUUAGAUUCAAUUUCUCAACCAAAGGAAAUACCAUUUCCAAACACUAUGUUUCCCCAAAUUGAUAAAUUAGGUGGCGGCGAUAAAAUUCAAUUACCCGAAAAAUUUAAAUAUGCUUGGAAUUUAGGUAGAAAUAAAAUUUAUUAUUUAUCUAGCAAGUCUAAACUUUAA